CACCCAGCUCAUAACCAGCUGCCCAUAUGAACCUCAUUAUAUACAUACCCAGCUCAUAACCGGCCUGCUUUAUCUCAUUAUAACCACCCCCAGCUCAUGCACAUUCUAGCCAACCUGCUUGACUUCCUCUCUCUACAGCCUGGACAGGAAGUCAGAGCACCUCGGGAGGUGGGGCUAAUGGGGCUUGUGAAUGAGAACGCGGGUCAUCUUAACAUCCUGCGGCUCCACGAGUGGUUCGAUGCCCCAGACUGCUACGUUAUGGUGUUAGAGAGGCCUGACCCCUGUAGGGACCUGGCGGGUUUCUGCUACCACCAGAACAAAAUGAUGGAUGAACAGCAGGCCCGGGCAGUGAUAGAACAGCUGCUUCACGCCCUCCUGCACUGCCAGCACGCAGGAGUGUUCCAUCGGGAUGUGAAACCAACCAACAUCCUGAUAAACACGGAGACCCUGCGUGUCAUCCUCAUUGAUUUUGGGUGUGGAACUUCCUGGACGGACGCUCCUUACAGUUCCUUCGCAGGCACCCCUGAAUUCGCACCUCCCGAGUGGUUUGCGGAGGGACUGUACCACGCUGGGCCCUGCACAGUGUGGUCCCUCGGGGUCACAGUGUUUGGCAUCGUUUGUGGAUACCUGCCAUUUAACCCGAACGAUGGCCAUGAGAGCAUGAGCAGAGUCCACUUUCCUACAGGGCUGUCCUCAGAAAUCAAGGACUUCAUGAGCAGGUGUUUGGCACCGGAGGUGAAUGAACGAGCGACGCUAGAAGAGCUCCAGCGUCACCCGUGGCUCCACCCCACCUGCUUAGAACAAGUCGGAUUCAGGAAGAGGAAGAGGGGGACGGAGGAAGAUGGAGAGCAGAAAAGGAGCUCCUCUGGCUCUCUCAUUCCUGCAAAGUGCCUCCGGAAAGGAGGAGAAGGCCAAGGCCAUGAAGGAAAGGGGCUGAGUGAACAUGGUCCCCAGGCCCCCGUACUCAGCCUUGGCCAUGAGCAGCGAGGAGCACGCUGCUCGCUUCGGAAGCUGGAGCCAACAGGGGAUGACCAUCUGAGCCACGCCCAAAGCAGUGAACAGUUCCUAUCCGCCUGUUCCUCUUUGUGGUCGUAUUACAGCUGCCAAUUUUCAGGUAGGAUCUAUCAUGUGCUACUACAUCAUACAACAGAAAAGCCCCAGAAGGCUGGUGUGAAGAGGAAGAUGGAGUGUGAAGAGCAGGUAGUGGUGCAGGGAAAGAAUCUGGGUCCCUACAGCGGGGCCAGACCUGCAAAGUGCCCACGGGAAGAUCAAGAUGAAGAUCACCUGCUGAAACAGUCUGCUCCUGCCUGUGGGCGUAUUCUGGCUGUCAGUCCACAGAGCCUGGAACCCAGCUGCCCACUGUCCACCCAACCAGCUGACCCAGCUGACCUCCAUCCCAUGCUGGACUACUCAGGGCAUGGGGCCCUAGUAUUUUCACUGGAUGGGCCAGAGGAUGCACUACUCUGCCUCGGUGAAGACCACCUCCAGGACCAUGAACCCAAUGUCCUCGUGGGGUGGAUAAUAUAAGGUUGAGGCAGACUGUGACGUAUCCACGUGUCGGUGCCAAACAGAAACUAAGCAGCUCAAGUCUCUUCAUCGCUGUUUAAUUUUCGGUUUGGCACCGACACGUGGAUGCGUCACAGUCUGCUUUAACCCCAUAUUAUCCUCCACCUUCCCAGCCUGCCUUAACCACACCCCCUUCCCAGACAUCAUUGAACCCUGUUGUAGCCCCGGCCCCCCAUCAGACGCAACUGACGCAGCAAGUGCCAAGGUGCAUGGUGUGCCCCACUGCAGUCUGCAACCACAUACGCAGGUCACCAUGCUGCAGGAAAGCUCGUGGACCGUACGUUUGUAAGCCUUGUUGAAGUACAUAUUGUACAUUUUAAAUAUUCAUAAUAAUAAUCCAAGGGCAAUAAGAAGUAAAAUACAACCUGGGGAAGUUCCAGGCACCAGACAUCCUGCAGUUUUGUUUCGUGCUCUUUGGUGACGCUCCCUCAGGAGAGAUUUGUUUCUGUGCUGCAGCCCCAUCAAGCCAGGGAGGCUGUGCAGGAAACUGGCCAGCGGCAGAAAGCCACAGUGCAGCCGGAGAAGAAGAAUAUGUACAUAGUUGGAUCAAUGUAGAAUGUGGUUGUUGUAAAACUGUAUAUGCAUAUCAGAGAGCUUGCUGCUUUGUUUUAGUAAAAGCACCGUACUAAUGUAUUGUGAAUUCUCUUCACGCGGCGUGUAUUAAAGAGUGGCUUAUCACUGUG